AUGCUGGCCUGCGACGUCCCUGAUCUAUUUGUCGUUAUCCAACAAUGUAUCGGGUUCUUUUUUGUGUUGUUGGCCUAUAAUGGGCAGAUAUUUAUAGUGGUUGCCGUUUUACGAAAUUUAGCGUCCGAUCCAAUUUACGGGAUUUCUGCACAAUCGGGUUAUUAUGCAAGUGCCAUUCUAUCGUUAGCAUUUACAUUCAGCAAUUUCUUAGCACCACCGAUACUAGCAGUUGUAGGAGCAAAAUGGUGCAUGGCGUUUGGCGCCCUUUGUUACGCACUUUAUAUGUUUGGAUUUUUGUACCUACGAGGCUGGCUAUUAUAUUCGUUAGCUCUUCUUUUAGGAUUUGGAUCUGCCUUGAUUUGGACUGGUAAUGGCGUUAAUCUCGUACGACAUUCCCCCAAACACCAUAUACAUCGCAAUAAUGGGAUCAUGUGGACUGGGCUGCAAAUGGCAUUGAUAGCAGGCGCCAUUUUUCUAGCAGUCGUCCUGCAUAAUGGGGAUCUGGUUGCGUCGUACCAACUGAUGUAUGGAGUAUUUGGAUUGUUGGCGUUCCUAGGAGCUGUUAUAUUGGCCUUGCUACCUAUGGGAAGAGGAGCAAAAUUGGAGAUACCCGAAAUUCAACCCACGCGAGAAGUUUUUGGAAGAACCUUUUCGUUGAUGAAGACCCCGAAAAUGGGAAUGUUGACGGUUGUGACAUGCUUCUUAGGAGCCGAGGGAGUUUUUCACAGUGGUGUUUAUGGAGCGGCUCUGGCAGCAACUUCUCGCCUCGAAAGGAAUGAAGCCAGCAUUGCCUACAAUGUCUUGGCUAUUGGGCUGGGCGAAAUAAUAGGUGGCUUACUAUUCGGAGUGGGAGCACGAAGCCCAUCACCCUAUGGCAGAAGAGCUGUGGUCGGCCUGGGAAGCGUUUUGCUAUUAGCGGCUUUCUUCAUGUCUUUCCUAUUUCUUCCUAAAGAUUCUCCACAAAUGGUGACCAGCGAGAUGGCGAUUAUUGAACCAACGUAUGGAAAAUGGUCA